AGAAAUCAUGGGGCAAUGCAAGGAAAGGGUGUGCUCAUGGUGGCCGUCGUCUUCUUCGAGGAUUAUUGUGUUGGUGAUCAUACCGUUGUUUGUGGCCUUAGUGUCGGUGGCGGCUGUAAUGGGUGGCAUCGAUUGGAUCUUCGCGUCUUACUAUUCAUGGCAAUGGAGAUCUUGCACUUGCCUGCCGCCUCCUCCACCUCCUGCUUCUUCCAGUCAAUCCAUCGAUAUUGAAGAACCAAAAUACAAUAACAUAGAAGAAGAUUUAGAAUCAGCUCGAGCUGCAAUAAGAGAAGCCAGAAAUGACGAAGAAGACGACGAUAAGAUCCAUGACCCUGACUACAUCCCCAGAGGUCCAAUUUACUUGAAUGCCACUGCUUUUCACAGGAGCUACUUGGAAAUGGAGAAGAAAUUCAAGGUAUUCGUGUACGAACAAGGCGACCCGCCAGUCUUCCAUUUUGGGCCUCGCAAGGGCUUGUAUUCAGUGGAGGGGCUGUUCAUCCAGAACAUGGAGACGAGCCGGUUCCGAACCGGCGAUCCAGAGCAAGCCCAUGCCUAUUUCCUUCCCUUCAGCGUCACCAUGAUGACUCAAGUUGUUUACAUGGACGACGACUGGAUUCCCAUGAUCGACAUUGCCAAACACUAUGUCAAUGCCGUUUCAAGAAAAUACCGUUUCUGGAAUCGCAGCCUCGGAGCUGAUCACUUCAUGCUAGCUUGCCAUGACUGGCAUGAACAGUUCCCUUCGUCUUAG